AUGAUUUCAUUUGACGAAGUAAACCGUCUUGCAUUCGAGAGAUUAUCACGUUCACGUCAAAAAACGUCAAAUACUCAAUCAUUUCAGUGGUCUAAUAUCAGUCAAGCAUUACACAACGAUGAUGAUGAUAACGAUGAUAAAAACGAACACGAUGCACGAAUCAAUUUAAACAGUCGAUUUUCUGAUAACAGUGAUAAUGAUUAUACUGACUCAUUGGCAGGUUUCGAUGACUCCGUUCCUGGUUUUAUAUCAAACGUUACAAAUUCAGCAAUACGCGGUGUGAGAAUUAAACUGUACUCUUUGGUUCGUCUGAAAAUCUUGCUGGAUAACUAUCUACGCAUGAUGUAG